AGGAGCUGGCGAUGGCCCAGCGCCUGUCUGCAAGAGCUGGUGAGACUGCCCGGACUAGUCAUUCUCCUAUGCUCAGCCCAGGCGAGUUGCAAAACGAACGUGCGGAAGAUCUGUGCCCAGAGACACAUCCAGAAGUGGAGGUACAGCCAUCGCAGGGCACACAACAUCCAGCAGGAUCAUCUCUUUCAGCCCCGCCAGUGGGACCCGCUGCACCGCAAGGCGUUCAGGAUGACACUGACAUUCCGGACUUGCGCCGACUGCCGUUUGCAGACUGGCUAGCAAGUCUUGAUCCAUCGGGCAGCCUGCUAUGCUACCUCUCCGUGCUCGAGGAGUGCUACGACACCGUGGCGCAGAUUGCACAGACCUAUACAGUGGUGGACAAAGAUGCCCGGAAGCGUCUCGAUCCGCUGCUCUUCGCGGACUUGGGCAUUGCGGAGAUGCAUAGGAACCUUUUCACCGAUUGGUUCGUGCGCUUCUGCGGUGUGGAAAGUGCCCUGGCAUUGCACCCAAGGCUUUUGGGUUGGACAGCCGAUUGUGGCUCCGCUGAAGAUGGGGCAGGUGACAUCAUGUAGACACCAGAGAAAUCCAAGGACUUUUCUUGAUGUCUGGGGUGAUCACGUACAUUCCUUUACCUGUUUUGUUUUCCGUUUGUGAUGACGUUUUUGGAAGGUUUUGGGUAUGAUUUGAU